UAAUAUUUUAAUCGCUUCGCAGGACGAAACGUAGCAUAAGGAGCAUCUAAAAAUACUGUUCGAUAGACUUCAAGAGAGCAUGGCAUAGCAAUCAAUCCGAAAUGUGUGUUCGGAUAGAAAAGUAUUAGCUUCCUGGGACACACAAUCAGCGCUGAGGGCAGCAAACCUUUAUUUGAAAAAGUCCAAACUAUCGUUGAAUUUCAGAAACCAGUUACAGUUGGAUUUCCACAAAGGACUUCGACAUUUCUUAGGAAUGCUCAAUUUCUAUAAUCGAUUUCUCAAAGAUCUCACAAAAAUGCAAGCACCAUUGCUAAAUGCAAUCUCGGGACAUAAACGCAACAACAAUGCGAAAAUAGGAUAGACUCCUAAGCUCAAACAACGAGGAACAUCUCGCUCAAGCCACCUCGCUCGCAUUUCCACAGCAAGGCAACACUCUCGUUGCAAACAGACGCCUCAGACAAAGCAAUCGGUGUGGUAUUGCAACAGUACAGCGGAUUUGUACAGCCACUCAGCUUCUUUUCAAAGAAGCUCACUCCUACGCAAACAAAGUAUAGCGCAUAUGGUAGAGAAUUAUUAGCUAUUUAUGCGACUAUCAAACAUUUUCGAUAUAUGCUAGAGGGACAAAACUUUCAUGUUAUCACGGAUCAUAAACUCCUCGUGUUCGCAUUCAAGAGGAAAUCAGAUCAAAUGUUGCCAAGACAAACCCGCCAAUUACUCUUCAUUUCGGAGUUUACAAUUGAUGUACGUCACGUCUCAGGUGCCGAAAACAUUGUAACAGAUGCAUUAUCUCGCGUCGAUACUGUCGUGAUGCCAACUAGUCUCGAUAUGCAAGAGAUUGCAGAAGCUCAAGCCUCGGAUGACGAAUUGCAACAACUGAAGCAAUCUACAUCAACGUCUUUGAAGCUCAAAAAGUUUACCUUAUCGGAAACAACAUCCAACAUUUAUUGUGACACUUCAGAAGAAGAAACCAGGCCUUACAUUCUUGGAUCAUUACGAAGAUGAGUUUUUGACAUGAUGCAUCAAAUGUCUCACCCAAGCAGCAGAGCAACUCACCAACAAAUUGUACAAAAAUUUUGUGUGGCCCUCCAUAGCUAAAGACAUUAAAGAGUGGGCCCACACUUGUCUAGCAUGCCAACAAUCUAAAAUUCAUCGGCAUAACCAUACCUCGCCUACCAAAAUAUCAGUACCAGAUACUCGUUUCGAGCACGUACAUAUCGAUAUCGUCGGUCCUCUUCCUUCAUUCCAAAGGUUUCAGAAUUGUACAGCAAAUAUGGUGGCGAUGA